GAACCCUUUGAAAACACCAAAGAAUUUAGACAGGGGAGAAACCUUUCCCGUGUUGGAAACGAUUUGCAAGAAAAUGUCUGCUUCAUAGUUAUCUGAGAAGUCACACUUUUAAUAUAAAGACAAACCUUCUCAGAAAUCACACAGGGGAGAAACCUUUCACUCGUAAAGACUGAGGAAAAAGCUUCUCUACAAAGGACAGACUUUCUUCUCACGUAAGUGUUCUCAUAGGAGAGAACCCAUUUACAUGUACAGAAUGUGGAAAACAAUGCUCGUGUAGGGAAACCCUUGAACAACACUCGUAACUUCACACAGAAGAAAGAACAUUUACAUGUACAGUAUGUGGGAAAGUCUUUUCUACCCCCUCACAACUCACACUGGGGAGAAACCUUUCAUAUGCACAGAAUGUAAGAAUAUGUCUCUCCCCGUUCUUUUCUCAUGCACAGAAAGUGGCAAAUGGUUCUCUAAAAGGAUGAAGUUCAAGUCCAAUAAGGAUAGAGGGAGGCUAAGUCUUCUCACACACUUUACUGAGAAAAAAAAAUAAGAAAAAUCUUUACUCACUGUUUUCCCGCUCAAUUUGUAAGUCCCGGUCCUGCCACACAGGGAUUGGCUGGGCUUGGAGAAAGACAUGUGAAACUUCCUGCAGUCUAGCCAAUCCCCACGUGGCAGGACCGGGACUUACACUCUGAAGGGGAAAAGCUGAAGUAAUUGGCUGUUCCCAGUUAUUUGUGGCAGGAGCAGCACCAAGGUACAUCUUUUUCUUUACUCCUGGAUUCUGACUUUCCUCUGCCUCUUUCCUCACAAAAACAAAGGAAUAUCAAUGGGGGGCAGUGUCAGACUGGCCCACUGGAAAACCAGGAAAAAUCCCAGUGGGCCCAGUCCUUGUGGGUCCCUGUGGCCACUCGGCUUUUCUCUACUCAACUGUAUCUCUGGUUUAGCACAAAUAAAUAGUUCUUUCUCACAACUCUGUGCUCUAUGGCCUCCCCCGGACCCAGCAGGCCCUACUACCACUACUCCCCAUAGCACCGGCUACUGGACUGGUGAUGCUGCUCCUUUGAACCUGCGGCGCUUCAGUUCAUUCAUUGUGUCGCAUGUUCAGCUGCGUCGCCCUGAUGAUGUCACUGACGGGCUCCAGCAUCCUUCAUGUGACGGAAUCAUAGAGAGGCAGGGAGGGAGCGGCUGUGGAGCUGGUGGGGUUCCUGCCUCACUGUUUUAUUGAUCUAUUGGGCAUUUUGGUGGUCUGCUGACUACUGCAACUGUCACUUCUCUUUCCCUCUGCCUGCCAUAUUGAUCCAGAGUGGAUAUAUUUGAUCUGCUUCUCUACUGCUACUGUGCUGGGGAGCAAACACAGUGAAUUGGGGGAACAUGGAAUUUUCCUGUCUACGUUGUGGAGGAGGAGGAAGCAAAUUGCCAUUCAAAGUGGGUCUUAAUUACCCCCAUAACCCACAAAACUGUAUAACCCUAAGUGCCCCCCACCAACUGCUUUCAUUUCAUUUUACAUUUGAACCCCUGAGGUCUCUUCAUUUCUCUCCAUCUCUCUAUCCCUUUGAAGAGAUAGAGAAGCCCCAGAAGCCAAUGAUUGUGAUUCUUUGGAUAAAGACAAGAGACCAUUAGACUGUGCAACUUCUCCAACACCAGCAAAUCCUAACAUUGGAAAGAAACAUCUGUAUCAGACUCAGAAUCACCAUCAUUACAAUGAACAUUCCCAACUCCCAGAAGGAACUUCCCUCAGUAAGAAAACAAUUUCAAUGUGGGAAAACAUUUGCAAAAAAAAAUUAACCUUCAUACUCACCUAAGAACUCGCACAGGAGAGAAACCAUUUAUGUGAAUGGAAUGUGGGAAAAGUUUUUAGCCAAAAUACAAUCCUUAAAAAAUACCCGCGAAUUCACAAUGAGGAGAAACCUUUUACAUGCACAGAAUGUGGGGAAAAUGUACAAAAAAACCUGCCUUGAUACUCACCUGAGAAUUCACACAGAGGAGAAACAUUUCAAGUGGCCAAUGUUUCACUGCACUCAGUUAAAGAAAUUCACACAGGGGAGAAACCAUUUUCUUGUACAGAAUGUGGGAACACUUUCAGUUUAAAGCACCAUCUUACCAGACACACAGGGGAUAAACCUUUCAUUUAUAAAGAACGUGGCUUCUCUACAAGGGACAGACUUUCUUCUCACUUAAAUGUCCACAUAGAAGAGAAACCUUUUACGUGCACAGAAUGUGGAAAACAAUGCUCUUGUAGGGAAACCCUAGACCACCACUUCACACAGAAGAAAAAACAUUUACAUGUACAGUAUGUGGGAAACAGUUCUCUAAAAAGAGAUACCUUAGCAAACACCAAAAACUUCACACAAAAAUGGAAACGUUUCCAUGUACAGAAUGUGGCAAAAUGUUCUCUAACAAGGGCAACCUUCAGCGGCAUUCUCUUACCCACACAGGGGAGAAACCUUACCUGUGCACACAAUGUGGCAAAUGUUUCUCUACAAAGAUUUACCUUAACACACACCAGAGAAUUCACAAAGAAAGGGAAACUUUCCCAUGUACAGAAUGUGGAAAACGUUUCUUUAGAAAGAGCGGCCUUCGGACACAUUAUGCUAUCCACACGGGGGAGAAACAUUUCCCGUGUACAGAAUGUGGCAAAUUAUUUGCUACAAAGACCUACCUUCGCACACACCAGAGAAUUCACAUAACGAAAAUGUUCUCAUGCACAGAAUGUCCCAGAUCUUUUUCUACAAAGAACAGCCUUAAGUUGCAUUUUGUUACCCACACAGGGGAGAAACCUUACCUGUGUGCAGAAUGUGGGAAGAAAUUUACAACAAAAAGCCACCUGAAUUGUCAUCUAAGAAUUCACACAGCAGAGAAACCAUUUGAGUGCACAGAAUGUGGGAAACGUUUCAGGGUAAAUGAAUACCUUAAAGAACACCAGCGAAUUCACACAGGGGAGAAACCUUUCGCGUGCACAGAAUGUGGGAAACGAUUUACAACAAAAAGCCACCUUCAUAUUCAUCUAAGAACUCACACAGGAGAGAAACCAUUUGAGUGCACAGAAUGUGGGAAAAGUUUCAUAUCAAAUGGGGCCCUUAUAAAACACCAGAGAAUCCACACAGGAGUGAAACCUUACCCGUGUGAAGAAUGUGGUAAAACAUUUACAACAACAACCCAACGUAAUUUGCACCUGAAAAUUCACAAAGCGCAGAAACCAUUUGCUUGCACACAAUGUGGGAAAAGUUUUGCAAGAAAAUGUCUGCUUCAUAGUCACCUCAGAACUCACACAGGAGAGAAACCAUUAUUGUGCACAGAACUUGGGAAAGGUUUUAGCAAAAAUAUAGUCCUUAAAAAACAGCAGAUAAUUCACAAUGAGGAGAAACCUUUUACAUGCACAGAAUGUGGAAAACAAUGCUCUUGUAAAAAAAACCUAGAACAACACACACAGCUUCACACAGAAGAAAAAACAUUUACAUGUACAGUAUGUGGGAAAGUCUUUUCUAGUACGAGAAACCUUCUCUAUCCCCUCACAACUCACACUGGGGAGAAACCUUUCAUGUGCACAGAAUGUAAGAAUAUGUCUCUCCCUGUUCUUUUCUCAUGCACAGAAUGUGGAAAACAGUUCUCUAAAAAGAGAUCGCUUACAAAGCACCAAAAAAUUCACACAAAAAGGGAAACGUUUCCAUGUACAGAAUGUGGCAAAAUGUUCUCUAACAAGGGCAACCUUCAGCGGCAUUCUCUUACCCACACAGGGGAGAAACCUUACCUGUGCACACAAUGUGGCAAAUGUUUCUCUACAAAGAUUUACCUUAACACACACCAGAGAAUUCACAAAGAAAGGAAAACUUUCCCAUGUACAGAAUGUGGAAAACGUUUCUUUAGAAAGAGCGGCCUUCAGAGACAUUAUGCUAUCCACACGGGGGAGAAACAUUUCCCGUGUACAGAAUGUGGCAGAUCUUUUUCUACAAAGACCUACCUUCGCUCACACCAGAGAAUUCACAUAACGAAACCUUACCCGUGUGAAGAAUGUGGUAAAAACUUUACAACAACAACCCACCUUAAUGCGCACCUGAAAAUUCACAAAGCGGAGAAACCAUUUGCUUGCACACAAUGUGGGAAAAGUUUUGCAAGAAAAUGUCUGCUUCAUAGUCACCUCAGAGCUCACUCAGGAGAGAAACCAUUCAUGUGCACAGAUUUUGGGAAAGGUUUAAGCAAAAAUAUAGUCCUUAAAAAACAGCAGAUAAUUCACAAUGAGGAGAAACCUUUUACAUGCACAGAAUGUGGAAAAAAAUGCUCUUGUAAAAAAACCCUAGAACAACACACACAACUUCACACAGAAGAAAAAACAUUUACAUGUACAGUAUGUGGGAAAGUCUUUUCUAGUACGAGAAACCUUCUCUAUCCCCUCACAACUCACACUGGGGAGAAACCUUUCAUGUGCACAGAAUGUAAGAAUAUGUCUCUCCCUGUUCUUUUCUCAUGCACAGAAUGUGGAAAACAGUUCUCUAAAAAGAGAUCCCUUACAAAGCACCAAAACAUUCACACAAAAAGGGAAACGUUUCCAUGUACAGAAUGUGGCAAAAUGUUCUCUAACAAGGGCAACCUUCAGCGGCAUUCUCUUACCCACACAAGGGAGAAACCUUACCUGUGCACACAAUGUGGCAAAUGUUUCUCUACAAAGAUUUACCUUAACACACACCAGAGAAUUCACAAAGAAAGGGAAACUUUCCCAUGUACAGAAUGUGGAAAACGUUUCUUUAGAAAGAGCGGCCUUCAGAGACAUUAUGCUAUCCACACGGGGGAGAAACAUUUCCCGUGUACAGAAUGUGGCAGAUCUUUUUCUACAAAGACCUACCUUCGCUCACACCAGAGAAUUCACAUAACGAAAAUGUUCUCAUGCACAGAAUGUGGCAGAUUGUUUUCUACAAACAACAGCCUUAAGUUGCAUUUUGUUACCCACACAGGGGAGAAACCUUACCUGUGUGCAGAAUGUGGGAAGAAAUUUACAACAAAAAGCCACCUGAAUUGUCAUCUAAGACUUCACACAGCAGAGAAACCAUUUGAGUGCACAGAAUGUGGGAAACGUUUCAGGGUAAGCGAAUACCUUAAAGAACACCAGCGAAUUCACACAGGGGAGAAACCGUUCGCGUGCACAGAAUGUGGGAAAAGAUUUACAACAAAAAGCCACCUUCAUAUUCAUCUAAAAACUCACACAGGAGAGAAACCAUUUGAGUGCACAGAAUGUGGGAAAAGUUUCAUAUCAAAUGGGGCCCUUAUAAAACACCAGAGAAUCCACACAGGAGUGAAACCUUACCCGUGUGAAGAAUGUGGUAAAAACUUUACAACAACAACCCACCUUAAUGCGCACCUGAAAAUUCACAAAGCGCAGAAACCAUUUGCUUGCACACAAUGUGGGAAAAGUUUUGCAAGAAAAUGUCUGCUUCAUAGUCACCUCAGAGCUCACACAGGAGAGAAACCAUUCAUGUGCACAGAUUUUGGGAAAGGUUUUAGCAAAAAUAUAGUCCUUAAAAAACAGCAGAUAAUUCACAAUGAGGAGAAACCUUUUACAUGCACAGAAUGUGGAAAACAAUGCUCUUGUAAAAAAACCCUAGAACAACACACACAACUUCACACAAAAGAAAAAACAUUUACAUGUACAGUAUGUGGGAAAGUCUUUUCUAGUACGAGAAACCUUCUCUAUCCCCUCACAACUCACGCUGGGGAGAAACCUUUCAUAUGCACAGAAUGUAAGAACAUUUCUCUCCCUGUUCUUUUCUCAUGCACAGAAUGUGGAAAACAGUUCUCUAAAAAGAGAUCCCUUACCAAGCACCAAAAAAUUCACACAAAAAGGGAAACGUUUCCAUGUACAGAAUGUGGCAAAAUGUUCUCUAACAAGGGCAACCUUCAGCGGCAUUCUCUUACCCACACAGGGGAGAAACCUUACCUGUGCACACAAUGUGGAAAAUGUUUCUCUACAAAGAUUUACCUUAACACACACCAGAGAAUUCACAAAGAAAGGGAAACUUUCCCAUGUACAGAAUGUGGAAAACGUUUCUUUAGAAAGAGCGGCCUUCAGAGACAUUAUGCUAUCCACACAGGGAAGAAUGUGGUAAAAACUUUACAACAACAACCCACCUUAAUGCGCACCUGAAAAUUCACAAAGCGGAGAAACCAUUUGCUUGCACACAAUGUGGGAAAAGUUUUGCAAGUAAAUGUCUGCUUCAUAGUCACCACAGAGCUCACACAGGAGAGAAACCAUUCAUGUGCACAGAUUUUGGGAAAGGUUUUAGCAAA